AUGCAGGAAGAUCUGCUCAACAACUUCGGCGACGAAUUCGGGAUUGAUGCCCGCUAUACCGAUCUCGAUGAAAUGCUCUCGAAAGAAAAACCGGAUCUGCUACACAUCGUUACCGCGCCGGUGCUACGCGGCAGCAACGAACGCAUCCGCUACCCACUGAUGAAUCGAGCCUCUGAACACGGUGUGCCUGCGGCAAUCGUUGAAAAACCGAUUGCAGUCGAAAGCGAAGAUUGGCGGCAAAUCUCUGAACUCGCCGAACGCACCCAAACGAAGUUCGUCGUUAACACACAACUCAAUUUUCACCCACAAAAUCUCGCUCUUAAACAGGAUGUCGCUGAAGGGAAAAUCGGUGCAAUCAAAUUUAUUGAGGCGAGCGCACGCAAUCCACCCGUUGACCAGGCUCCACACGUCCUACAACUCGUGUCUUCUUAUAUUGAUAAUUCGCGUCCAGUGAAGGUGCAAGGACAAAUAUCCGGCGCGGGACAACUCGAUUCAGCGCAACCUUCACCAGCGAACGCCACGGCACUCGUAACCUACGCAAACGGUGUACAAGUCUCGGUCGCAUUCGGACCGGAGAUGGCACCGACGUGUGCUACCCGAUACUGGAAACAACCGACAUAA